AUGCCUCGUGGUCAAAAGAGUAAGAUCCGUGCCCAAGAGAGACGGCGAGAGAGACGCCUUCAGGCUCAGGAUGGGACCCCAGGUCUCCAGGCCACUGGUGCAGAAGCAGAAGAGAUUCCCACCUGCUCCUCUGUUGUUUCUGAGGGUGAUCUUUCCACUGCUUGUGCCGCUGGCGUGGCCCAAAAGCCCACGAAGGCCCCCAGUGCUAGCAUCUCUGAGGCAGGUGCUGCAGGCCCCAAAUCAAAUGAAGGUGCCAAGAGCGUAGGGAACAAAAGUGCACACCCUUCUCGGGAAGGGGCCUCCGUUCCAAAUAAGCGGCACAGAGAUCCUUUCUCUAAGAAGGCAGGGAUGUUGGUAAAUUACCUGUUAGAGAAAUACAAAAUGCAAGAGCCCAUUUUGAAGGAAGACAUGAUGAAGAUUGUCAGACGGAAAUACAGGGGGCACUUCCCUGAGAUCCUAAACAGAGUGUCCCAGCGCAUGGAGCUGAUCUUUGGUCUUUAUUUGAAGGAAGUCAAGCCUGAUGGGCAGUCCUUUUACCUUGUUAGUGAGCUAGAUUUCUACGAUGAUGGGUGUCAUAGCAGUAGCAGAGAAUAUUCUAAAAAUGGGCUUCUGAUGCCUGUCCUGGGUGUGAUCUUCCUGAAUGGCAACUCUAUCUCUGAGAAGGAUAUCUGGCAAUUCCUAAAUAUCUUGGGGAUAUAUGAAGGGAAAUUUCAUUCAGUCUUUGGGGAUGUCAAGAAGCUCCUUACCCAAGAUUUAGUGAAGGAGCAGUACCUGGUGUACCGCCAGGAACCCAAUAGUGAUCCUCCAAGCUAUGUGUUUCUGUGGGGCCCAAGAGCCCGAGCUGAAAUCAGCAAAAUGAAAGUCCUCAAGUUUUUGGCCAGGGUCAAUGUUACCUGCCUGUGUGCCUUCCCAGAGCAAUAUAAAGAGGCUCUGAAAGAAGAGAGAGAGAGAGCUGCAGCCAGCAGUUCCUCCCCAUAG